AUCAAGGUGUCAAACGCAAGUUGUUACUGUUGUUAUGAAAAUAUUCGAUCAUCAUUUAUUUUUCUUAUUUAAAGCUUUCUUUGUUAGUUAAUUUUUAUUACAUUGUACAUUUACGUAUGAAUAAAGUCCCUACGUCCUUAUUAUCGCGUAAAGUUGCUUUAAUGUACGCGUAUGCGUUAGGGAUGCGCAUACUCUACCUAUGUUUGUCACGAAAUUUUAUAUUUGUUGAUUUGAAAUGGAGGAAGUGAGGCAGUUGGUGCAGGAAGAAGGUAGAGAGGCCAGGAACUUGGUGGCCUUCCAUGUCGCGGUGGACACACCAGCUACACCAGCGCGGGUGUCCCGCAAGCCGCCGCGAUCGUCGGCCGUCUCUAUGGGGCUGGCGGCGGGGCAGCUGGGGGGACAGUUUGGAGGACAGCUGGGCUCGGCAGCGCGGCGCGGGGCUCCGCGGACGUCGCGGCGCUCGGCCUCCGCCGGCCGCGACAAGCGCUCCGAGCUGCGCGCGCGCUACUGGGCGCUGCUGUUCGGUGACCUUUCCAGAGCCAUGGGUGAAAUUUACAACACUGUUGAAGCCCAUGAAAACCUAAACGAGUGCCAAGAAGUCAUAUUAGUCCUAGAGAAUUAUACCAGAGAUUUCAAAGCAUUAGGCGAAUGGUUCCGUUUGAAGUGGGAGUAUGAUAAUACACCGCCCCCGCAGAGACCCCAGAGCUUAGCUUGGGAGAUCAGAAAGACUGAUUUUGUACGUCCGGAAUCUAGGCGCACGUAUUCUGUAAAGAGUUCCCCAUCAGUAUCAGGAAAAAAUAGCCCUUGUUUAUCAGGCCACAACACACCUAGUGGCAAAAAUAGUCCAAGUUUAACUGGGAAAGCUAGUCCAGGCAGUGGCAAAAUCAGUCCUAGGGUAUCUUCAGGUCAUUCCAGUACUAGUCCUAAGGCGAAUAUAGAGUUCUUUAGCAGUAAAAUAGCAGCAUCGAAAGUCACUGCUAAACCAGAGCCAAAUAUAGCAAAAGAUUGUUUACGACUUUCUGAUAUAAAAGAAAAGGAUGGCAUUAUACUUGACGAGAAUAAUGCUGCAAAAGCACCUUCAGUAGACCAAACUGAUGAUAAACCCGAGCCAAGAUUAUCGCCAAUUAUUGAAUUGGGAAAAGCCAAAGAAUGUCCAAAUAUAUGCCCGAAACAGGUUAUUAUUAAAUCGCCUAAACAUGCUUUGAAUAUAUCUCAAAAUAAUAGAACUGAUGUAGAAACUACUAGCUCGGCAAGUGACAUUAUAACUAAACUAAAUGCUAUGGAAACUCAAUUUCUCCAAAAUCAUCUAGCGGAAAAUGAAGCCAAAAAUGAUAAUUUAUUGAAUAUAGAGAAUGAAAUAUCUGCCCUCUGUAUUAACGAAAAUAGUGAUGGUAAAAAGAUGGAUCCUCAGUCUGUUCAAGUAAACCAAGAUUUUGACAAUGGUUCAGAUAAAAUAACUACAAGUGAUGAAAAGGAGACCAGUUCCAAUGCAUCUCCUACUAAAUCUGAAGACAACUUUGCUGAUGUAUCAAACGAGAGCUCUAGUAAAUCGAAUGAUGAAAAGCCUCCUAAUGUAGUUGAGGCAGCAAAACUAUCAAAAAUAGACGAAACUAAUUUAUCGAAAAUAGAUAAAGGUGAAAAAUCCGAAGUGGUAAUGGAAGAAGUUGUCAAAGAACGGCCAAUGACACCAAUAUCGGGACAAAAUGAUGAAAUAACAGAUGCCACAGGUACCGUCGGUAAUACGGAGUGUAACGAAGAUAUAAAAUUAAAAGGUAUCGAAAAUAAUACCGUGUUCGAAAGUAAAGAUGACUCUAAAAAUGAACAAGAUAAAAAAUCAGAAUUAAAGAUUAGCAAUGAAACAAAGUCUAAUACAAGACCUGCGUAUUCACAGGCUGCUGCUAAACCUAAACCUGUAAAUAUUAAAUCAGAAGUAAAAACUCCAACAAAAACAACACCUUUAACUAGAAGUAAGACAGUUGUGGAAAUGCGUUCUAGUUCUGCUCCAAAAACAUCAAGACAAUUUCCUAAAAGGAACCAAGCUAACAAAUGUAGUUAUCCCUUUAAUUUGACUACAGGUAGAACUAGUCUCUUUGAUACAGUUCCAUCUAAUACAACAAAAAGUACAGUGCCAAAAAAAACUAUAAGAAAUGUGCAAUUGGGUUCAGGUGACAGCAAACUUAAUUCUAAUAAGGUCGAUAUUAAGAAACAGCCACCUAGACCGACAUCUUUGAAGAUUAAUGAAAAAGGGGACAAGAAGGAAAAUAUAAAUAUAACAUUAGAAAAGAUUAAAGAUUGCGAUGCGUAUGGCAGUUCGGACACAAUAGUAACUCAAAUUGAUAUAUCACGAAUCGAAUCUAGCGAAAGUCUAAAGACGUUGGUACCGGAGGAAUUACAAAUGAUACAAGACGUUGCAAAUUCUAUUGAAGUACUGAAUGUUGACGAUAAUAAUAAGAGCGACAAUGAAGGUUGGCUGACUGUCAAGUCUAGACGAUUGAGUCGUGAAUCGAAAAAACAAUCUAAAUCGCAUUGGGCGAACAGGUUUCAUCAACCUUCUGCUACCACUAGCUUGCCUACAUUAAACAUGCUUGAAUCACCAAAGCAAGAAACGAAGUCAAUAGUUGAUUCUCCAAAAAAUGCCAAACUAGAUCGAGCGAAAUCAGAACAGCCUUCAUCAAUAGAUACCAAACCUGAAAAAGUUGUUAAAGUCCAGGAUACAGAGAAAGUGAGUACUGAAUCUAAAUCAAAAGAUACAGCUAUUAUCCGACAAAAAUCGGAUGUUACCGGUUUAAAAACACGAUCAUCUAGAAACAAAGCUUUCACAAAAAGAACAGCUAAAAUACAAGAUGAGGAUAAGGACGAAGAAUCUAUAGAAUUAACGAAGAACAGACUCCAUUCAUCUUUAGAAAGUCUGACAAUGGGUCUCGCGAGAUCGCAGGAGAGCACAGGGGAGGCGUUCGAUUUUGACAAAUGGAAAGCUGAAUUUAAAUCGACCUUUACAUUUUUGGAUGACGAUGAUCAGAUACCUAAUCAUAAUGAGUUAUUGAAGGCGGCAGAUCCUUCCGAGAUGUCUGAGAUAGCGGAAAUGACGUCCCAGAUUGAGGAGAACGAAAAGAAGAUCAGUUGGGCGCUGGAUUUCCAGUCGGAAGUCGAUCAGAGGAAAUUAUGCGAGGAGGAGGAGAUUUUAAACAGGCAGAUAAUGGCGCUCCAACAAGUUUCCGACAUCGAUAUGGACACUGAAACUGAUGAUACCGAGACGGACGCGGAAAUAUUAUGCGAAGAGACGAGCAUAGCGCAUCCGGCGUGCGCCUCGUCCGAGAACUUGGGAGCGCUGGCGGCCAGCCUCGAGGACCAGUACGAGACCGCGCUCGCCGGCAUGUCCUGGGCCGAGCGGGUCGAUACCCUGGUCGUGCUCGAGGCGCUCGUGGCUAGGGAUCCCGGGCGAGCUCAGCAGCUGCACGAGAAGCUGUCGCAGGGCCUGAAGCGGCGCGGCAGCUUCCAGGACGCGCUGCGGCGGCUGCAGGCCAAGCAGGCCCGCGCCGAGCGCCAGCGGCUCGAGUACCAGACCGAGCGAGCCAGGAAGAUACACCAGCUGCUCGCCAGGGUCGAGGAGGUUAAGAUCGCCAAAAAUCAGCUGAUAGAGGAGAAAAGACUCAGGAUGGAGAGACGCAUGCAAAAGGCGACCGAGAAUCGCGACCAACGACUUAAGGACAUAGUCCGCAAGGCGCACGACGAGGAGGAGAAGCUGCGCGAGAUCGCGUUCAUCAAGCAGCUGGAGGCCGAGAAUCGCCGCCACGAGUUCCUCGAGCAGUGCCGCUCGCAUACCACGCGCCUGCGCACCAUGCGCCGCGACCGCCUGCUCAAGCUGGAACAGAAGGCAGCCCGCGAGGCGGCCGUGGGUGCGAGGAGGCAGGCCCUGGAAGCUGCACGUCUGCUGCACGUGCAGUCGCUGGUGGAACGGAGGCAGGAACGAGACGCGCGCCGCCACCAGCUGCGGGAGCUGCGCCGCCUGCAGCGCGGACACGCCGCCCGCGAGAAGGCGGAGGGCGUGAAGUCGCGGCUGUCGGCGCUGGCGGCGGCGGCCGAGCUGGAGGCGGACGCGCUGCGCUGCCGCAUCCGGCACAAGCAGCGCGCCAGCCAGCAGCGGCUGCAGUCGCACCUGCAGGCCAUCCGCGAGAAGGCCACCGGCCCGCGCCAGCCGACGACAUCAGAAAGUCAAGAUCCAAAUACAAAAGAAGAGCGAGAACUGCAAGAGGAAGCGGAGAGACUGGAGUUGGAACGCAAGGAACGCGAAAAGCAGAAGGCCAUCAAGAGGAAAGCGAGGAAAGUGAAGCAGAAACUGUUGUCCACCGGCAACGAGAUGUCAGUGUUCGACGAGAAUAUAAUAUUCGAAUUCGCAACAUUCCCAUCAUCAAAUAAACUGCAUAAAGUCAUACACACAAUCACAAACAUGAUCACGCCGUUGUUGCAAACGGAGGAUAAAGAGGACAAGCGGGACCACCAGAACGAGGCGGACGACCUCGAGAAGAACAACAAGAGAAAUAAGAAAGCUGACAAAAACAAACUGGCCGCAAUCAAUGGUAACGAGGAGAAUACAGAAAAGAAGAAGUCCAAGAAGAAGAAGAACGUAGAAGAGCAACCGAAGACAGACAAUGCGGAAUACAAUAAUAACACUGAAGCGGAGAUAAUAGAAGAUCAAGACGUGAAAAAUGAGAAUAGUAAGAAGAAAAAGAAGAGAAGCGACAAGAGCGAUCGGCCGAAGUUGAGUAAAACCAGUUCGGUGUGCAGCUCGCUCAGUGAUAUGAGCAAGACUAGUGGGAAGAGUGAGAAGAAGACACAGCCCACGAUCGACAUGCCCUUCCUGGAGAGGCAGUUGAACGAGCUCCAACGAAUCAUAGAUAGAUUCGAUAGGAUGUCGGCGGACAAGUCCGGGCCGGCGCGGCUGCAGGCGCUGCGGGCGGCCGCCCGCGUGCUGGCGCUGGCUGCCCAGCAGGACGCGCAGCUCUCCUGCAGGUCGAUAACGGCGGCUGUGUCGGUGGCGGCGCGGAUCUCGGCAUGCGGCGGUGCGGCCAGCUGUCUCAUAGCCGGCGAUACCGCCGUGCAUCUCGUCACGCUUCUCAGCGAUCAGCUGGACAAAGACCUCAGCGCCGACCUGAGAGAGAUGGAGUUGACCAAACAGUUGGCCGACUGCCUCUCGGUCGCCCUCGACUCAGUUCUAUGCGCCACUCGGCUGUACGAAGAGAAGAGGACGGAACCUGGCGACGAUCUGGAGAUCAUCACCACCCUCAGGAAUAGAGCUCAUGCGAUCAUAAGUUACCUCUGCUUGUGUGGCUGUAUAUCCCGCGCGGAGAAGGCCGGCGAAGCGAGGGAGAGCGUCCAGACCCUGCUCACGGUCUGCGCGGACCUGUGCCAUCCUUGCGACCUUGAUGUGGGAUCAGAGCGUGCUUCAGCAACGCAGUCCCUCCGGUGUGCACUCGGCACCAGCGUGUGCGGCUCGCGGGCUGAGUUCUGCGUGCUGUUCGCUAAAGGUGCUGAGUUGAGCCAGAGCGGUGGUUUCGUGCGCGCUGCGCGGACCGCUCAUCUCCUGAGGGCACUGGCCGAACUGGACCAUCAAAUUGUGCAAGAAGCGUUCGGCGAGGGCGGAUGGCCGCUGGAGUUUAGAGCGGCAGUGGCGAGACUCCUCUCACAGCACGCGCCCAACGACAAGGAAGCCCCCAGAACUGCCGCACUGCGUCUCUGCAACCAACGACUCGACCAGACUCUGUCCGAGACGAUGGUGUUGGACCUGAUCGUGCUGGUCGGCUUCGUGGUGGUCAACAAUCCGCAGCUGCAGGAGACGAUCUGCGACGGAUGGAGUGUGAUCAAGACCUUAUGCACCUUGCCCGCCAACUGGCUCGUCUCCAAGGUGCACAGCCACGCUCUCUUGCCAACCCUCAUCGCUGUCUCCGAGAGACCAUCAGCCGCGAGUGCUAUAGCCUCAGAGUUGAGUAUGAAGAUGUUAGAAGAUUACUUAGAAAGUCCGGACGCACAGAAAGUGAAGCUGGUGCAAGUGAUCAAACAGGGACGAGCCAAGAAGUCGGGGAAGAAGUGAACGCGAGGUAAGGAGGCUCCUGUCGCCCAGCGGGGAGCCUGUUGCCCAUCAUAGGCCUACCGUAGCAGUACGGAUUUCAAAUGCUGUGGUUUUUGAAAAUAAAUAUAUAUAUGAACGUAAGAUUGUAAGCAUUACACCAUAGCCUCGGUGGUCUAGCGGCUCAACACGUUGCUUUACCACCCCGUGGUCGCGGGCUCGACUCCCGCACAACAAAUAUAUUUAUAUUCGUGAGUAUGUGUGUUUGUAUUGGUCUCGGUGUUAUCUAUGUGUAAUAUGAAUGUACCUAUUUACAAAAAUAAAAGAAAAUAAAAUAUUUAAGUAUAGGUAAGCUCCGCUUAGUUGGGGCUAGAUGGCGCUGUGUCCAGUGGUAUAUAUGUUGCAGUCAAGAUUCUUAACCAGUCAAAAGUACUAUUGACUAGCAAAAUCAGUCAAAAGCACUUUUAUCCAAUGUAGCUGGUUAAAAGUAUUUUUGACUAAGUGAUUCCGCCAAAAGUGUUUUUGACUGGUUGUAUCAGUCAAAAGUCUUAAAAAGUCUUAAUUUAACCUAAUUUACUUAAAUUAGGUUUUUUUUUUAUGGGUGGAAAUGGUAUGGUAACUCCGCCUGCGUAACGGGAUACGCUGGCGGAGCACCAGUGAAGGGUGAUAGAUGAGAAUGAAAACAGGCCAGGUAGCCCAUCAUGAUGAAUUCAUCAGGAAUUAACCAUGAUAGUUUCCAGGGGCAACCGCGAGGAGGUCGACCUGGUUUUGUAUAUUGCUAGCAAUAGGAUUCUCAGUCUCCAUUACUAACAAUCCCUUUCCCCCCACUUAAAUAAGUUUAGGUUAGUAUGUUUUCUUUGUAUCGAUUGUAAUGCCAAAUUUUUCGUUAUAAACAAUUUCACAUUUAAUGAAUACCUUUUGUUUUUCAUCUAACGAGUUAAUGGUGCUUUUGACUAAUGCUUUAUUGCAGUUAUAACUACUUGUGACUAAGAGCGUCAGUUAAAAGUAAUUUUAACCGCAAAUGUGCAGUCAAAAGUGCUAAUAACCAAUAGUUUUCAGUUAAAACCACUUUUUACCAACCUGUUCAGUUAAAAGUACUUUUGACAGAUUUUUGCUAGUCAAUAGUACUUUUGACUGGUUAAAAGUUUUGACUGCAACAUGUAUAAUUGUUAUCAAUUAUUCUCUGCUGAACAUGGUUGUUUAAAACGUCUUCAUUCUAUUCAGCAGGGCAUAUAUUGAGUAUUAUCGAUGGGUAAUAGGUAUACACCAAUAUUAAUAUAUUUGUUAUUAUCUAUAUAUCGUGUUUCAACCGUGAAGCAGCUGUGUUUGCAUGGCUGUGUUUCGGUUUGAAGGGUGGGCAUAUGGCAGUGAAUUUACACGGUACUGAGGAAUAACACCUGAGUCCUCAGGAAUGGCAACGCAUGGGAGGUAUCAUGGGCGAAACAGUAUACUCUGUUAUGUUCAUGGUACUGUUAAUGUGUAUGGUAUAGGUGACGGUUGCAAUUUUCCAUCAGGUGGGCCGUCAGCUUGUUUGCCAUUCUAAGUUGUAUAAAAAAAAAAGUACUGGUCCAAAAACGAAUGUAUUAAACAUCAGUUACCCAGUAUUUAAUGCCGAAAUGAAGUACCCAAUCGAAUUUUUUUUAUAGAUAUACGACCGGUAUGAGCGAUAUCAGAAUGGGUAAUGACCUUUUCCCCGCCAUCAAUGUCCAACAAAACCCAAUAUAUAAAUAUUGGAGUAUCAAUAUCACUCACGCGUAUUGAGUAUGCAAUUACAUAUACAUAUAUACUAAUAUUAUAAAUGUGGAAGUUUGUUGUAAAGAUGUUUGCAUGUUUAGAUGUUUGUAUGUUUAUAUGUAUGUUACUCAACCACACUUUAACGUCUGAAUGGAUUUGAAUGGAACUUGACCUGUUGACGGGUCAUUGAACCAAUUUCAUCCUAACAUGUAGGUUAACUACUUUAAAUACUGUUUAACGCGAGCAAAGCCGCAGAGAACUGAUAUGUCAAUGAACACAAAUCAAUAAAUAUAUUACAACUAUAUGGUACAGUGGUAAUUCGAUAUACGAAUGGUUUUUUUUUUUGAUGGAUGAUGAUGGAAUGGUGACCCCACCCGCGCUACCGGUAUACACCGGCGGGGCACCAGUGAAGGAUGAUAGGCGAGAAUGAAGUAGGUCAGUUAGCCCGUCGUGACGAAUUCACAAAGAAUUGUUCACGAUGGUUUCCAGGGGGAACCACGUGGAGGGCGACCUAAUAAGGCAUAUUGCUAGCAAUGGGGCUGUCAAACUCCAUUACUAACAAUCCCUUUCCCCCCGAUAUACGAGUGUUUUGAGACACGAGCCGCCGAGCGAGCGAUAUUUUGCUUCGAGAUGAGAGCAAGGUUUGAGAUGCGAGGACUCGCACGCUACACACGAGCCCAACAUGCGGGCUGGAUGUUGGCGUCUAACAGUCUCUCCCACCUCAGGCUAACACUUAACAAAAACAACUGAGGUGGGUUUUUUGGGAGUACGGAUUAAUGGCAUUUCAAUGGUUACGAAAUGAAUUAAACACGUAUGUCGAGGUACCACUGUAGUUCUCUUUGGAGACUUGAUUCAAAUUUUCUGUCUUAUGCCAGUUUGUAAAAUUUUUUAAUAUAAAGUAGAUUGUACCACUCAGUCGAGUCGAUUCUGGGGGCUAUUUCACUAAACCUAUCUCUUAACCUAAUCAUCAUCAUCUCAGCCAUUAUCCGUCCACUGCUGGACAUAGGCCUCCCCCAUAGACUGGCAUAAAGAACGGUCCUGAGCCAUCUGUAUCCAUUGAUCUGGUGCUUUGACUGCUAUGCGUUUGAGAUCGUCAAUCUCUCUAGCGGGGUGUGGUCCUACACUGCGUUUGCGUGUACGGGGUUGCCACUCAAGAAUCAUUCUUCCCCAUUGGUUGUAGGUUUUUUGAGCUGUGACCAGUAUAUUGCCACUUCAGAUUGCUUAAUAUAAUAAUUUAUAUAUAUAUAAAACAAUAACAACGCAUGGUGGGUAUCACGGGCGACACAGUAUACUCUGUUAUGUCCAUGGUAUUGCUCAUGUCUAUAUAUAGGCGACGGUUACCACUUUCCAUCAGGUGGGCCGUCAGUGUUUACCAUUCUAAGUUGCAUAAAAAAGAAUGGAAAUUUAUUUUUAAACAUUAUUUUUAGAGAUAGGAUUAGAGAAACUACACCCCAGAAAGCGUCUCAACGGCUGCAACCAUAUUAUGGUUAAAUUUUGAAAUAAACCGAGUCAUAAUUCCGAGUUUACAUAUCACGAGAAUAUUUUUUUUAAAUCUAUUUUUUUAUACAUACACAUUUUUCCUAUUGUAGACUCAAAAAUGGUUUAUUUAUUAAUUUCAACACUCAUUCGACUUAUUAUUGUUGCAAACUGAACAUUGUGUAUGUGAACUAAGUGAAUGUCUUUCAAAAACCACAGUUGUUUAUUACGAAUUUAUUAGAAUGUGAAUGAGCAUAUAUACAAAUCACUCACAGAAUGUAUGUAUGUGGUGCCGAACAGAUGUAAUGUCGUUUGCACAUUAAAUGGUAUGUUGGACGUUGUUUACAUUGCAUUCCUGUCAAUAAAUAAAGUGACUUUAUCACAUUUGAAAUGUUUGAAAUUCCUUCAGUGUCGAACAUCAAAGACUUGUUAUUUCAUUAUAUACAUUCGUGCCCUUCUAAUUUUUUUUAUUUUAUUUUAUUUAUACAUAUAUUAUACUAUCCAGAAUUGUACUCUUCGGAGUAGAUAGACUUAUAAAUCAACUUCCAUUUAUUUUAACACUUUUUUUUCAUAAUUUUCAUCACUAAUGGUUUUUUUGAUGGAUGAUAAUGGAAUGGUAACUCCAUCUGAUCUAUCGGUAUACACUGGCGGCGCACCAGUGAGGAAUGAUUGGUGAGGAUGAAAAGGCAGGUCAGUUAGUCCAUCGUGACGAAUUCAAUGAUAAAUUAGUCACGAUGAUUUCCAAGGGGAACCGCGUGGAGAUCAACCUGAUAAGGUAUUUAUCUUGUGUUUUGUAACAGACAGGAUUUGACAAUUGGUCAUUUAGGUAAACUAAUGAUUUACCUGAAUUUUCUCGAAGUUUCGAUCAGGUUACGUUUGUAGAUUAACCUAAAUGAUUGUAUUAAUUCUCGUCUCUUAUAAAACAUGAAAUAUGGAGCGUGGAAGUCUCAAAGUACAUCUCUUAUCUAUUAUUUACCAGAGGGAAGCUUUGUACAAAAGUUGAUUGCUUGGGUACCUCUGUCCUAUUCGUGUUUCUACCGUGAAGCAGUUGUGUUUGUAUAUCUAUGUUUCGGUUUGAAGGGUGGGAUAUGGCAGUGAAUUUACAGGGUACAGAGGAAUAAUAUUUUAGUCCUCAGAAAUGGCAACGCAUGGGGGGUAUCAUGGGCGAAACAGUGUACUCUGUUAUGUCCAUGGUACUUCUCAUGUCUAUAGGCGACGGUUACCACUCUCCAUCAGGUGGGCCGUCAGCUUGUUUGCCAUUCUAAGUUGUAUAAAAAAAAUUCAUCUCUUCUCAAGUGUACAAUUCUGGAUUCAGGCCAAUUCUAUUUUUAGUGAAUACAUUUAUAAUAACUUCAUGAAGUUACUGUCAGUAUAAUGGGAUUGUUUUUCAUUACAUUAUUGGUAUUGUGAAAUUAUAUUUUGUUUAUUGACAGGAGAGAGGUUUUUUGAGCCACAUAAUGGCUUUAAUCUAAUCUCACAAUCCCAUACGACACAUACGUUCGAUAUCAUAACUGAUAGCCAUUGGUGAAAUGUACACUUUGAUGUCACUAUAUCUAUUUUUCUAUGGCGGUAGUGUAGUUUAGAAUUGUAUAAAGACGUGGUAUUUUUUUCUAUUCUUACUAAUUGUGAAGAAACACUCGAAUUAUAUUAUAUAUUAAUGAAUCGUCCUAAUUUUUUAAUCACUUUAGUUGUCAAAUUGUUAGUAAACGCUUCGUGUUUAAUAAUUAUUUUUGUAUUUAUUUUUAAUGGAAACGCAGCGAUGUAAAAAAUGAAAUUUAACAUUGUAACUGCUCGGAGAGGUUAAUGGAUAAAUUAAAAUUAAUUAGACGUCGCUGUCUUCAAAAAUCUACUAAUGUAUAGAACAUAUGAAAACAAUUCCAGUGGAUUUUUUUUAAUGAGUAUUAAUGGUAUGGUAACCCCACCCGCGCUAUCGGUAUACACCGGCGGGGCACCAGUGAGGGAUGUUAGGUGAGGAUGAAGGCAGGUCAGUUAGCCCAUCGUGACGAAUUCAACAUGAAUUGUUCACGGUGGUUUCCAGGGGGAACCACGUGGAGGUCGACCUAAUAAAGGGCAUAUUGCUAGCAGUGCGGCUGUGAAACUCCAUUGCUAACAAUCCCUUUCCCCCCCACAAUUCCAGUGGUGUAAGAAUGUACGUAAAUAAGGUAAUACAGGUGUGCUAAUACCAUAGUGUGCCUACAGGGACACUGCGUAUUGUGGAUUGGGAACAUUGAAAUAAACUUUAAGUAACUUAAAAAUCUUAAGAUUGCUGUGAUAAAACGGGAGGUAGGGGAUAUAUAUGCGUACAGAUGUUUUACAUUGUGUUGAUAUCUAGACAGGGUAACUUGACGACGUUAAACUCGAUGGCUUCAGUCGGUUCCAGCUAAUUGUACUUUUUUUUGUAAGCACGCAUUAUAUUUUAAUAUAAUAAAUACCGGUUUAACUUGCGUGUAAUUAGAACGAAAGAGCUCGACUAGUUUCGGAAUCGAUUCGGGAUCCUUAGUCAUGAGUGACUGUGACCCGAGCACGAGUCUGACUGCGUGCUUUUAGCCCACUGAUUUCGAGUUGUAGGCACUUGAUGAAUAAUCAUUCAGUUACUAAUAAUUAUAAGUUUGUGAUCCUCAUGAUUAAGGAUCACGAAUUGAUAUCGAAACUAGUAGAGCUGUCUCGAUCUAACUACACGCAAGUGAAACCGGCAGUUUAUUGCAUUAAAAUUGUACUUUUACUGGUACCGUACGAACCGGAGCGGUAACGUCGUCGUACAAUUGAAAUGUAUUUAAAAAAUACAAUCCCGGGAUACUGAAUGGCAAAUGCAACUGGCAGUAUAUGCAGCAGCAGUAAUUAUGUAUGAAUUUAUUAUAUAAAAAAUGUUUGAAUGACCACAGAUGCAAAAAAUAAAAUUGUAACUGUUUUCGAAUGUAAUUGUAAUGUUUCGACGUCAAUAUAAUGACCUGGUGGUCUACCAUGAAAUGAAAUUCCGAAAUUUCGGACUCAAUUUCGUGUUUUUGUUCGUACCAAAAUCGACACUAUAAAAGGAGGUUAAGAUUUCAUUUGUCAUAAAUCCUACCAUAUAAGUCCAAAGGAACGAUACUUUAGUAUUUUAUAUAUUUUUAAACGGUACGUAUCAUGUAAUUUUAACAUCAAAUUUGUGUUUCGUUCAGAUCCGAAAUUUCGGAAAACAUUUCAUGGUAGGCCCUCUGUUCUUAAAUUGUAGCAUGCCCGACAGGGUAUAACUGUUGAUACUGAUGUCAAAUCCAAAGCAAUGGUUACUGCUGUAUGUACGUACACAGUUAGCAAUAAAAUUCUAUUCUAUUCUAUUCUAUCAACCUACAGAAGGUUUUUUUUUUUUAAUGGAUGAUAAUGGAGUAGCAACCCCGCCUGCGCUAUCGGUAUACAUCAGCGGGGCACCAGUGAGGGAUGAUUUGUGAAGGUGAAAAGGCAGGUCAGUUAGCCCAUUGUGACGAAUUUAAUAAUAAAUUAGUCACGAUGGUUUCCAGGGGGAACCGCAUGGAGGUUGACCUGAUAAAGGUAUAUUGAUAGCAAAUAACCUCCCCAUUACUAACAGUCCUUUUACUCCUCAAAAGAUGGUUAGGAAGAUAUAUAAUAUAGAAGUUUUUGGUAGAAGUUUAAAUUACAAUUGACUAAGGAUGACAUAAUUUUAUUUUGUUGCGUCUGUGUUAAUUAAAAAAAUAUUUUUAAUUGUUUGUUUUAAUUUAUAUAUAUAUACUAGCUGACUCGGUAAACGUUGUUUUACCAUAUACAUUAUUUCUAGAACUAUACAUGCAAAUAUAUCGUACUACAAUUAUGAUCGUAAAAGCGUAAAAAUUUGAAUUUGUAUGUAUUUUUCAAUGCUAAAUUAUAAUAAAAUAAAUAUAAAAAAUUUUGUCAAAAAAAAAAUUUGAGGUGGGUCACCCCUAUCAUUGAGGGGUAUGAAAAAUAGAUGUUGGCCGAUUCUCAGAUCUACCUAAUAUGCACACAAAAUUUCAUAAAAAUCGGUAAAGCCGUUUCAGAGGAGUUUGGUAACAAACACCGUGACACGAGCAUUUUAUAUAUUAGAUAGCUGUAUAUGUGAUGUUACAUUGCCUUUGUCAUUCGGGAUCCCAGGAUUGUAGUCUUCAAAUGUAACUUAUAAAGCAUUCGAAACUCUAUUAAAUCUGAAGUAACCGCAGCCAUUGUGUAAACGGGCCACCUUCCAUGUGUAUUUUGUUUUGUGAUAACUCGUCGUCUACUGCUGAACUGUGAUUAUUUUUAAUUAAUUAUACUAUCAUUUAUAAUGUAUUAUUAUAAUGUAUUAUUGGAUUGUUUUCGUUGCGUAAUGAUAUUGUCGACUUUAUGUAUAUCCAUCUGUGAUUCGUUUUUGUUUAGCAUUAAUGAAGUGUCACGUGUAACUUUGUGUAUUUUUGUGUAAGUGGCGAAUAAUAUUUGUGUAACAAUA